AUGGCGCCCAAAUCGAAACAGCAAGCUGUGUCCCAGCCUCAUGGCUACGAGUUCUUUGGCCCUCCCGGUGCUGCAGUCAUCAGCUUCGGCUUGCCCGUCUUGAUCUACAUCUUCGCCUUCGCCUGCAACGAUAUUUCAGGAUGUCCCGCGCCGUCGCUCCUCCACCCGAAGUCGCUCGAUUUUGACCUGUUGAAGAAAGAAGUAGGCUGGCCAGAGGAUGGAAUCAAGGGUCUCGUCAGCUGGGAGGCCACCAAGUGGACACUGGCAUACUACCUCUUCAGCGCGGUGCUGUAUAGGAUCCUGCCGGGGACGGAAACGGAAGGGACCAAACUGGCCAACGGCGGUCGGCUGAAGUACAAGUUCAAUGCCUUCGCCUCGUCCAUGUUCACCCUGGCCAUCUGCGCCGCGGGUACCUACGCUCAGGGCGCCGAGUUUCCCCUGUGGACUUUCAUCAGCGACAACUACCUACAAAUCCUGUCCGUCAACAUCCUCAUCUCGUACGCCCUCGCCACUUUUGUCUACAUCCGCAGCUUCAGUGUCAAGGACGGCAACCCCCAGUUCCGCGCGCUCGCAGCGGGUGGCGUGUCCGGCAACAUGCUCUACGACUGGUUCAUCGGCCGUGAGCUGAACCCGCGCGUCACCCUCCCCCUCAUCGGCGAGAUCGACCUCAAGGAAUGGAUGGAGAUCCGCCCCGGCCUGACGGGCUGGAUCCUGCUCAACUGCGCCUUCAUCGCCAAGCAAUAUCGCACUUUCGGCUUCGUCACCGACAGCAUCGUCUUCAUCACAGUCGUGCAAGCGCUCUACGUGCUCGACGGCCAAUUCAUGGAGCCCGCCAUCCUAACCACCAUCGACAUCACCACGGACGGCUUCGGACUUAUGCUGGCCUUCGGCGACCUGGUCUGGGUGCCCUUCAUCUACACCCAACAAACGCGCUACCUGUCCGUGCACCCCCAGACGCUCGGCACGCUCGGCCUCGCGGGCGUGGGCGCGCUGGUGGUGGCGGCCUUCGCCAUCUUCCGGCUGUCCAACAGCCAGAAGAACGCGUUUCGCACCAACCCCAACGACCCCGCCGUCGCCCACCUCAAGUACAUCGAGACCAAGGCCGGCACCCGCCUGCUCGUGUCCGGCUGGUGGGGCAUCGCCCGCCACAUCAACUACUUUGGCGACUGGCUGCAGGCCUGGCCCUACUCCCUGCCCACGGGCCUGGCCGGGUACACCAUCCUGUCCGCGGGCAGCGCCGCCGAGGGCGCGGUGAGGAUGUUGGAUGGGCGCGAGGUGGUGCCUGGUGAUGCGAGGGGCUGGGGUGUCAUCUUUACGUACUUUUAUGUGGUGUACUUUGCGGUGCUGCUUAUUCACCGUGAUCGUCGGGAUGAUGAGAAAUGCUCGCGCAAGUACGGCGAGGAUUGGGAGAAGUACAAGGCUAUUGUUCGGUCGAGGAUUGUGCCGUAUGUUUACUAG